GCCGACGCUGCUGCCGCUCUCCAGCACAUGGGGGCCAGUCGCCGCCGCCGCCGCCGCCAGCCAGCGGCCUGAGGCGCCGGCGCAGAGGCAGCCGGCCGGAGCGAGCCAUGCGCGUCCACACGGACCUCGCCUGCCUGUUGGACUCGACGGGGCUCCCAGGCGAGCCCGGCGCGGCGAUGCUGGACGCCUCCGAGUCGACGGGCCACUCCCGGCAGCUGCUGCGGCAGCUCAACGCGCAGCGCACCAAGGGCUUCCUCUGCGACGUGAUCCUGGUGGUGCAGAACGCGCUCUUCCGGGCGCACAAGAACGUGCUGGCGGCCAGCAGCGCCUACCUCAAGGCCCUGGUGGUGCACGACAACCUCAUCAACCUGGACCAGGAGAUGGUCAGCCCCGCCGUCUUCCGCGCCGUCCUCGACUUCAUCUACACCGGCCGCCUGGGCGACUCCGACGGCGAGCCCGGCGGGGGCGGAGGCGGCAUCGGAGGCGGCGUCUCCGCCGGCGAGCCCAGCCUGGGCGCCGUCCUGGCCGCCGCCAGCUACCUGCAGAUCCCGGACUUGGUCGCCCUGUGCAAGAAGCAGCUGAAGCGCUCCGGCAAGUACUGCCAGCUCCGCGGAGGCUACUCGCCCUUCGGCAAGCUGGCCCGCGGCCUCCGCGCCCCGACGCCCGUCAUCCAAAGCUGCUACUCCUCGUCCGCGCCUGGCCCGCCGCCGCCGCCGCCGCGACCCGUCGAGCCCGGCAACCCGCUCAGCACCCACUGCGGCGAGCUCUACGCCGCCGCCUCCUCGCAGGGGGCAGCGCUGCACCCGCACGGCCUCUGCCCGCCCGAGCGCCUCUGCUCGCCGCUCUGCGGCCUGGACCUCUCCAAGAAGAGCCCCAACGGCUCCUCGCCGCAGCUGCCGCCGCCGCCGCCGCCCGAGAGCCGCCUGCGCGCCGCCGUGGAGAGCCGCGAGAACUCGCUGCCCCCCCGGCCCGAGAGCCCCACCGUCAGCGCGGCGCUGCUCUCCCACAACUCCGCUUUCGGGGAAGCGGCGGCGGCGGCAGCGGCCUCCUCCCAGCUGCAGGUCUCCUAUCGCGGCGGCGGCGGCGGCAGCAGCCCGGGGCCCGAGCCGUCGGGGCGCGCCGCCGAGGUGGCCCCCGAGUUCCUGUACCGGUGGAUGAAGCACGAGCCUUUGGGGGGAGGCUACGUGGACGAGGAGGAGGAGGAGGAGGAGGAGGACGGGGAGGAGGAAGGCGACUGCCGGGGCCCCCCGCGGAGGGACAGCAGCGGCCAGCUGGAGCACAAGCCCGAGUCUCCUCCGCAGCGCCGCCGCUACCCGGGCCUGGAGGGCACCGAGGCCGAGGAGCUGGAGAACGACAAGAGCAGCAGCGGCGAGGAGAGCGGCGGCGGCGGCGGCGGCAGCAGCAGCGGGCGGCCCUCGCCGGCGGCCGGCGGCCUGGAGCGCUACCUGGGCUACGAGCCGGAGGGCUUCGGCGGCGACAACCUCUACGUCUGCAUCCCGUGCGGGAAGGGCUUCCCCUCCUCGGAGCAGCUGAACGCGCACGUCGAGGCCCACAACGAGGAGGACGAGCUCUACCGCAAGGAGGCCGCCGAGGCGGCCGCGGGCCAGCUGGCGGGCGCGCCCUUCCUGGAGAAGCCGCCGCCGCCGCCGCCGCCGCUGCCUGCGCCGCUGCUGCCGUCGGGGGCCCCGGCGGGCUGCGACCUGCUGCGGCCCUACCGCUGCUCGUCCUGCGAGAAGGCCUACAAGGACCCGGCGACGCUGCGGCAGCACGAGAAGACGCACUGGCUGACGCGGCCCUACCCCUGCUCCAUCUGCGGCAAGAAGUUCACGCAGCGCGGCACCAUGACCCGCCACAUGCGCAGCCACCUGGGCCUCAAGCCCUUCGCCUGCGACGCCUGCGGCAUGCGCUUCACCCGCCAGUACCGCCUGACCGAGCACAUGCGCAUCCACUCGGGCGAGAAGCCCUACGAGUGCCAGGUCUGCGGCGGCAAGUUCGCCCAGCAGCGCAACCUGCUCAGCCACAUGAAGAUGCACGCGGCGGCGGCGGCGGCGGCAGCGGCGGCGGCCGCCUCGACGGGCCCGGACGGCAAGCUGGCGCUGGACUUCCCCGAGGGGGUGCUGGCCAUGGCGCGGCUGGCCCAGCAGCAGCACCACGACAAGGAGCUGCUCUCGCACGCCUCCCACUUCCUGGCCGACCCCAAGGCCGCCGUCGAGAGCCUCUACCUCGGCCUCAGCCCGGACAAGGCCGCUGAGGUGUUGGCCCAGGGGGCGGCCGCCGCCGCUGCCGCCGCCGCCCACCUGCACCACGACCACCGCGCCCGGACCAUAGACCGCUUCUCGCCCCCCUGACCCGACGGAGGCCCGCCCCAGGACGGUAGACUUGCGGGGGUUAGGGGGGGGGCAUCGCCUUUGGGGAGGGGAGGGGCCGGGCUUGGCUUCCUGGACCCUUGA